CUCCACUGUAAACCUGACAGCCAAGCCGCCGUUGUCCCUGGGAGCAGAGCGAGCGAGCACCGAGGGUUGCAGUCAUGUCGGCAGCGGCUGCGGGGAUCGGCAGGGCAGUGCACAGCGAUGCGGCCCCGAAGAAGAAGAAGGGACCCGGGGCUCUAGCAACGGCCUACCUGGUCAUUUAUAACGUUGUUAUGACAGCGGGGUGGCUGGUGAUCGCCGUGGGUUUGGCUCGAGCGUACGUGGCCAGAGGAAGUUACCACGGUCUGUAUUACUCCAUCGAGAAACCGCUCAAGUUCUUCCAGACUGGAGCUUUACUGGAGAUACUUCACUGUGCUGCCGGGAUCGUCCCGUCGUCUGUGGUUCUGACCGGAUUCCAGGUCAUGUCCCGGGUUUUCCUCACCUGGGCCGUCACACACAGCGUCAGGGAGGUGCAGAGCGAGGACAGCGUCCUGCUCUUCGUCGCGGCGUGGACCGUCACGGAAAUCAUCCGCUACUCCUUCUACACCUUCAGCCUUCUCAACCACCUGCCGUACCUCAUCAAAUGGGCGAGAUACACCUUCUUCAUCGCGCUCUAUCCCAUGGGCGUGACGGGCGAGCUGCUGACGAUCUACGCGGCGCUGCCGUACGUUCAGAAGACCGGACUCUACUCCAUCACUCUGCCCAACAAGUACAACUUCUCCUUCGACUACCACUCCUUCCUCAUCCUCGUCAUGAUCUCCUACAUCCCCCUUUUCCCGCAGCUCUACUUCCACAUGAUCCGACAGAGGAAGAAGGUUCUGGGUCACAUAGAGGAUUACAGCAAAGUGGAGUGAGCCGCGGCGCGUUCACACACACACACACACACACACACACACACACACACACGAAAACAAGUGAACACAGAAACCAAAACCACCACAGGAAAGACGAGAAACGACGACGACGACGUCGUCAGCAGCAGCAGCCGUUUGUGACGACCCUCGUAUUUUUGUUUUCAGCGUUGGCUUGAAAUGAUGCACUGAGCCGUUGUUUUGUUUCCCUGACAGACGUGACAUCGUCCUCGUCUUUGUGUUUUUGUUUGUUUUUCAUUCAUUUCAGGCUCAGAGUUUGACGACAUUCCUGAUUUACUUCAAUAAACUGUUUCCAUUUUGUGCUCA